CUUCAGAUCAUGAAGCUUAGCGUGUUGCGCAAACAUCAAUCGCCAACCGCAAUUCCUCUACGAUAAUGGCGCCGAGGACAAGGGGCCCCGUGGAGCCUCGCAAGGAGGUGGAUGAUGGCCGGCCUACGGUCGCGGAUCUCCAAGGCGAGAGUCCAUUCGCCCAACUCGCAAAGAAACACUGGCUCAAGCCAGGCAAGAAAGCUGCGAAGGUCAAAAUAAAGCCACAGGUGUUGAGGAAGGAAAUUUGGGAUGUUCUUGAGCAGGAGGGUUUCUCAUAUAAAACGCUCCUGGUUCUUGAGAAUCUGCAAAUCCUCGAGAGCUACCUAUGGCCUGGGUUUUCGGACGAUGCAUCCAAUCACCAUGUGCUCCUGAUCGUUUUGAUUUCUAAUGUGCGCAGUCGGGAGCAUUUACCUGUAUGGAAUAUAUACUCUGAUAAUCCUGCCGAUUUUUCGUUAUUAUUUCGACGUAUACUUUCAAUGACUCUGGAUAAUACCCUUUCGCCAAAUAUACGAACACACCUUCUCUCUUUUAUAAUAAGCGCCUUCCAAUCCCUAGACAGUGGCAUUGUCCGGAAGGAAUGCGCUCCGCUGGUGUCGAUAGCCGUCUGGCAUAACCUUUCAAGCGAGAAGAAGCGAAAUAAUAAACUGGAUGAAAGCGUUCAGUUGAGAAAGGUCUGGAGGGCAUCCGGCAAGCGAUACGAGGCUGCAGAUGAUACGACGAAGGCAAGGCUCCGUUUCGAGAGGUCAUGGCUGUACGCCAUGCUGCUCGAUUUCUUCAACCAAUUGCAUGACACAAAGAACAAAUCAGACAAUCUUCUGUAUUGCGAACGUUUCCUCGAGCUGCUGUCCGACUUUCAAAGUCAGUUGCCGACCCGGAGAUUUGUUAAUACGCUGCUGCAAGAUUUGAACACACUGCCCCUUAUAAGGCUAUCACCACUGUUCAACGACGAAGGCAGUGGGCUAUUGCGAGAUCUAUAUGGCUUGUUAAAGCAUUACACGUACUUUUCCCUUGACGACCACACUGGGAUCCAGUAUACCGGAGAGGAGACAUACGAGCGCCAUUGCACGCAGCUUGGUCGUUUACAGCGCACUGCCCUUAAACACUACAAAGAUAAGCUCACGAUUCUUGCCUUAUCAAAUUAUGGCUCCAUCGAAAAGCGAGAAGACCUCGAGGGUCACCUAGAAACGUUGACAGAUGAUGAGUUAAAGGCUUAUUGCGAGCUUCUUGAUCUCCGUGUAUCGUAUCCAGACUCGGCCAAUGUUGCGGGUGGCCGCCCGUUUUUACUGGAGGUUCUCGUGUCUACGUUUGAGAGACGGAAGACAUUCCAGGACACAGCCCGUGAUCUGAGUAUUCUACCGACAGAAGAGACUUUGUUCGAGCCAACAUUAUUGCGGAAUGAGAGCUACAAUGGAUCUCAGCCGCUAGCUCUGCCAAAGCUCAACUUACAAUACUUGACUGUUGGCGACUUUUUGUGGCGCUCAUUUAUCCUGCACCGCUGCGAAUCCUUUUUCGAGAUCCGCAAAGAUAUCGAAGAUACCCUUAAACGACUGCGGCCACAAACUAGCAGAACAGGAGAAACGAAGUUCGACGGGUUCUCAAAAAUGGCACUGCCAAUUUCGAAACCGGCUAUUCUCGAGGUCGUACCCCCACUUGUCGGCGAGACGAAGCCUGCUGCCGUGAAGGCAGAGAUCGCUCUGGAUGUGAGCCGUCUUGCGGAGAAUAUACGUCGAGAAUGGGAGUCGUUGCGGCCAGAUGAUGUAGUUUUUCUUCUGGCUAUAAACCUUUCUAACCGUAGUAAUCUGAUCUCAAACGGCGAAUCAAAAAUUAGCGAUCAGCAAAAACUAGGCAUAAGGCAUAUUCGAGCUGCCGAGGUUACUCAAGUACUAGAUGACAAUGGGCGUCCUAUGAGAGACUUCAACGGCCAGACUAAUGGCCGUGGGCAAGCGCGGCUCCGUCGACUGCACAUCAAACUCGACGCUGCUAUGUACAAGCAGGACUUGGAUAGCGCUUCGGCUGGCAAACCUGAUGUCUACGAGUCAAUCAAUGUUAUUGUGCGAAGGAGAGGUCGGGAGAACAACUUCAAGUCGGUGUUGGAAUCUAUUCAAAGCCUGACAUUAUCGGACGUUCCACUUGCUCCGUGGCUUCACGAGGUCUUCCUUGGCUACGGCGAUCCAGCAGGAGCAUCCUACCCGCAGUUAGCCAACAAGAUUAAAAAGGUGGACUAUCGCGAUACGUUUCUCAAUUGGCAUCACCUGAUUGAGAGCUUGCCUGGCAAGACGGUUGAGCCCAGCGAAGAGGCAAGCGGUAGCUUCGGUCCGCCUUACGUCCUUAACACUACAGAGAGCGUAUCCGCGCCAACCCCUACCAAGCCUUCAAAGAAGAGACGUCGUGGUCAGGAGGAUGUUCCAGCGAAUGUUGCCCCUCCAGUUGUCGAAGUCUCUACUUACAAGCCGCCAAACACUGGGCCAUACCCGAUGGACGAAGUGAAACUUAAUCACGUUCGUUUCACGCCAGCUCAAGUUGAUGCCAUUCUCUCUGGGACACAGCCAGGCCUGACUGUAAUCAUUGGCCCUCCAGGAACGGGCAAAACCGAUGUGGCAACUCAAAUCAUCAAUAACAUAUACCACAACUUCCCCAAGCAGAGGACUUUGCUUAUUGCACACAGCAACCAAGCUCUCAACCAGCUAUUCCAGAAAAUUGUCGCUCUAGAUAUUGAUGAGAGACAUCUUCUUCGUCUGGGACAUGGUGAGGAGGAGCUCGACACUGAAAGCAACUUCAGCAAGCAUGGUCGCGUUGAGUCUUUCUUGGAGAACAGAGACAGGUAUCUGCUUGAGGUGGAUCGCCUGGCUGCAAAUUUCGGUGCACCUGGAGCGCAUGGUAGCUCUGCCGAAACCGCAGGCUACUUCAACUCCGUUUAUGUCCAGCCUGCCUGGGCGAGAUUCCAGGAGGCACUCAAAGAUCCGGAGGUAACCAAAGAGACUGUUAUCGAGCUAUUCCCAUACCACCACUACUUCUCCAAUGCCCCGCAACCGCUUUUCCCUGCCGAGGCGGAUAAAGCGGGCGUCAUCGAGAUUGCCAGCGGAUGCAAUUAUCACGUCACAAAGAUCUUCACCGAACUUGCCGAUGUGAGGCCCUUCGAAAUCCUUCGCCGGGAUCGCGAUAAGGCAAACUACCUUCUCACAAACGAGGCACGCAUUAUCGCCAUGACAUCAACGCAUGCAGCAAUGCGGCGACGAGAAAUCGCUGAUCUCGGGUUUCACUACGACAAUGUCAUCGUCGAAGAAGCAGCCCAGAUCACCGAGAUCGAAAACUUCAUCCCCCUUGCGCUUCAGACUCCGAAGAACGGGAUGAUGCCCCUCCAGCGCGUCGUCCUCUGUGGUGACCACUUCCAAAACUCCCCGAUCGUUCAAAACCUCGCAUUCCGUCAGUACGCGAACCUCGAACAGUCGCUUUUCUCUCGUCUCGUGCGUUUAGGCGUUCCUACUGUCAUUCUCGACAAGCAGGGUCGUGCUCGCCCAUCCAUCGCCGAACUUUACCAAUGGCGUUACCCGCACCUAGGCAACCUUCCUCUCGUAGAGACUGGCCCAGAAUUUCAGAAGUCGAAUGCCGGGUUCAGAUACGACUACCAGUUCAUCAACGUCCCAGAUUACAAGGGCAACGGCGAGUCCGAGCCGACUCCCCACUUCAUCCAAAACCUAGGUGAAGCCGAAUACGCCGUAGCAAUCUUCCAAUACAUGCGACUACUCGGAUACCCCGCCUCCAAGAUCAGCAUUCUAACUACCUACGCCGGCCAGCGCGCCCUGAUCAAGGACGUACUCACCCACCGCUGCGCUAAGAACCCCAUCUUUGGCCUCCCCAAGAUCGUCACUACAGUCGACAAGUACCAGGGCGAGCAGAAUGACCACGUCAUCCUCUCACUCACCCGCACAUCCCGCGUCGGCUACCUCCGCGACGUGCGGAGGUUAACAGUAGCCCUCUCCCGCGCCCGUCUCGGUCUCUACAUCCUCGGCCGCCGCGAAGUAUUCGAGUCCUGCUUCGAGCUUCAGCAGGCAUUUGAGAUUCUCUUCCGUCGCCCGGAUAAGCUCAUGCUCGUUACCGGCGAACUCUGGCCUUCGCAGCGGACUAUCGCGGAUGAGGCGGAUGAUGUGGAGGUUGUCGGCGUGACGCCCAUGGAGGGGGUUGAACAUCUGGGGCAGUACGUGUUUGAGAUGACGAAUGCGAAGGUGCAGCAGUUGCGGGCGGAGAGGGGGGUGGGAGAAGAUGUAGAUGUCCUGGCUGCCGUGGAGGAGAUGGAUGAAGGAGAAGAGGUUGCUCUUGAUGGCGAGGUGGAGGAGGAGGCUACUGUGGAUGGCUUUGAGGCGGAGGAGGCGGAGUAAGGCG